CAAUCUAGUUUCCGAUACUUUUAAAUUUAAGGGCGCAUAACAAUCACCUAAGGCUCACCCCUGUUUUUCCGAUUCGGUAGGUCCAGGUGGGCCGGCGGGUCCAUAUUUCAAACGAGCCCCCCGCCCCACGGUGAUGCAGGCGCCCUGGGGGCCGCGCCCUGAAAGGCAGCUCAAAACCGGCUGACUUCACAAACGGCCUCCCGCCGUCUACCCCCGGCAGCCACCAAUGCCCAGGCUCCGGGCGGACCCAUCUCUGCCCCCGUCCGCCUGCCCCACCCAACAGGCCCGGGUCGACUGCAGGCGGACUUCGGUCGGAUGUAGACCCGGGAGCUGAAGUGCGACGGCCACCCACUACCUGUCUUCCACUUUGGCCAGCCACAGACACCCGUGGGCACCCGACUCCGGUACCCAGGAGCCUGUAAGGCGGCCGCCGGUUGGCUCAGCUCGGCACGGCUUAGCCAGAGAGCUUCUAAGAUUUCGAGGAUUGGCUGAAGCUCUGGGCGCCGCGGCCAAUUGGCGGAUAGGGUCGCUAUCUGAGGGGCGGGUUCCGCCUGGGCCCCGCCUUCUUCUGCCGCCCCCUCUGCCACUCUCUCCGCUCCACAUCCGGUUCCGUCUGCCACGCACCUGGAAGUUCCUCGGGGGCGUCUCACUUCUCACCUGCACCGGGUGGAAUUACCCCACCUGCCAUCCUGGAUCCCUUUCCCUCUGCCCUGCCAGGGCUCUGUUGCUCCAAAGUUGAAUUUGGGGGAAGAGGGGCGCACCGGAGCUCAGCUGUCCUUGCACCCUGCGGCAGCUGCAGCAAGCCACACGGCAGCCUCUGUGAGCGCUGGACACUGCGCAGGCACUGGGAGAACAUGUCUGACGAUGCGACCAGGACCCUAGGGAAAGGGAGUGUCCGCCCAGGGCCGGUCCCAGAGGGCCUGAUCCGCAUCUACAGCAUGAGGUUCUGCCCCUACGCGCACAGGACGCGCCUGGUCCUCCGGGCCAAAGGCAUCAGACAUGAAGUUGUCAACAUUAACCUGAGAAACAAGCCUGAAUGGUACUUUACAAAGCACCCUUUUGGCCAAAUUCCUGUCCUGGAGAACAGCAAAUGUCAGCUGAUCUACGAAUCUGUCAUUGCUUGUGAGUACCUGGAUGACGCUUAUCCUGGGAAGAAGCUGUAUCCAUACGACCCUUAUGAGCGAGCUCGCCAGAAGAUGCUAUUGGAGCUAUUCUAUAAGGUCCCACAUUUGACCAAGGAGUGUCUGGUAGCAUUGAGAUGCGGGAGAGAAUGCUCUGAUCUGAAGCUAGCCCUGCGUCAGGAGUUCUGCAAACUGGAAGAGAUUCUUGGCUAUCAGAACACCAUCUUCUUUGGUGGAGACUGUAUAACCAUGAUUGAUUACCUCUUCUGGCCCUGGUUUGAGCGGCUGGAUGUAUAUGGAAUAGCCGACUGCGUGAACCACACCCCCGCGCUCCGGCUCUGGAUCGCCGCCAUGAAGCAGGACCCCACAGUGUGCGCUCUUCUUAUAGAUAAGAACAUCUUCCUGGGCUUCUUGAAUCUCUAUUUUCAGAACAACCCUGAUGCCUUUGACUACGGGCUAAGCUGCUGUGCCUCCUAGCCUGCCCCGUUCACCAGCCAGGAGUCCCAAGCCUGUCGUAAUUCUGUGUCAGCUCUCAUUUUGGUGGGGCAGUGAAUCUCUGUUCAUUUUCGUUGAGGUUCCCAAUAAACAUGGAGCCAGAAAA